CGCUCGCCCCUUUAACAAUGGGCGAGGCGGGCGGCGCCGUGUGAUGGCGGGGGAGCCUUUGGGACGCCGCGUCGCGCUCAGGUGCCCCGGGCCAGGCCCCGCCGCGGCCAUCAGCCGCGCCGCUGCAUAGGGCCCCGACUGCUGCGCCGCCCCGCCGAUGGAGCUGGAGGCUCAGUGGUGGACAGGACAGCUGGCUGCCGACAUCCACCAAGCGCUUCGCUACAAGGAGCUGAAGCUGCCCUCCUACAAAGGCCAAUCUCCCCAGUUACAUCUGAGAAGAUACUUUGCAGACCUGAUUGCCAUUGUGAGCAACCGGUUCAGGCUCUGUCCUGCUGCACGACAUCUAGCUGUCUAUCUGUUGGACCUCUUUAUGGAUCGUUAUGACAUAUCUAUACAGCAGCUGCAUGUGGUUGCUCUUUCCUGUUUACUUUUAGCAAGUAAAUUUGAAGAAAAGGAAGACAGUGUUCCCAAACUUGAACAGCUGAACAGCUUGGGUUGUAUGACUAACAUGAAUUUGGUACUAACAAAGCAGAAUUUGCUUCAUAUGGAGUUGCUGUUGCUAGAAACAUUUCAGUGGAAUUUGUGCCUCCCGACUGCUGCUCACUUCAUCGACUAUUAUCUUUCUAUUGCCGUCCAUGAGACUGAUCUUCAUGAUGGUUGGCCAAUGGUUUGCUUAGAGAAGACUAAGUUAUAUAUGGCAAAAUACGCUGAUUACUUUCUGGAAGUAUCACUGCAAGAUCACGCAUUUUUAAGUUAUGCCCCUUCUCUAGUUGCUACUGCAUGUGUAGCUUCUUCAAGGAUUAUCUUGCGUCUCUCGCCAACAUGGCCUACGCGGCUGCAUCAUCUCACUGCAUACUCCUGGGAUUUCCUGGUGCCAUGUAUUGAGCGGCUAUUAAUUGCGCAUGAUAAUGAUGUGAAGGAAGCAAACAAACAAAAAGGACAACAAGCUCAGUCUGCCCAACAUGCUGUAUUUCAGACCCCAGCUCCAACUCCACAGCAGGGUAAUGCUCAACAGCACGUACCACAGUAUCUCCAAGCUCAUCAGUCUUCAUUACAGUAUCACCAUCAGACAUCACAGCAGCAAAACUGUCCACAGAUAUUAUCAUCUAAUCAUACAACAUCUUACCCACUUCAGACUUGCCCUGCUGCCUUACAGUCUAGUGCUCAGGCUCGAGGCCAUGUACAGACUGGUACUGCAAUGUCACUAGCUGUUCCACUAGAAGUGAAGCCAUGUAUAAGUGUCUCCUACAACCGGAGUUACCAAGUGAACGGACGAUAUUCCUGUAUUACACCAUGCUUUGAGAGGUGAUAAGUACAAAAUGGUUUUGUGCUUUUUUGUUUGGGGUGAGAAUUUGUCUUGAGGGGAAUUGUUUUGUUGUUG